AUUAGUCAGCUGUAGCAGAGAGGAUCACAGCGCCUUUACAAUGUUUAACAGCAGUCUAUUUAUCAUUUCGGGGACAACAAGACAAAAGGAAUACAUAAUCUGACGUGGACCCACGCAGAGGACCCGUUCCCAUCGAUUUAACAAGACAAUUACAUCAUUAAAAGAUGGAUGACGAGAUAUUGGAUCAAAGCAUGCAUGUUGUUCAUCAACUGGUGUCUUGGAUCGCAUCUGUCGCCAUCAUAUUUGGAGGAGUUGUGCCAUACAUCCCUCAGUACAGGGAUAUUCGCAGGACUCAGAAUGCUGAAGGAUUCUCCACCUAUGUUUGCCUGGUACUGCUGGUUGCCAACAUCUUAAGAAUACUGUUUAGGUUUGGACAUUACUUUGAGACUCCUUUGCUUUGGCAGAGUAUAAUCAUGAUCAUCACCAUGUUAAUCAUGCUGAAUCUGUGCACCAAUGUCCACGUGGCCACUGAACUCAACACCAAACGCCGCUCGUUCACAGCAACAGACAGUAAGGACGAGGAAAUCAAAGUUCCUAAAAGGCUCUUUGUGGACUUUGACUGGAACUACUUCUGGUCUUGGAGUCGAUUUGUGGAUUACCUGCAGUGUGUUCUGGCUUUCACGGUGCUGGCAGUCUACGUGACGUAUCUGAUGCUGGACUCUGUUCUGUUCGUAGAGUCCCUGGGCUUCCUGGCCGUGUUCACUGAAGCCAUGCUGGGAACUCCACAGCUCUACUGCAACUACCAGAACAAAUCUACGGAAGGCAUGAGCAUUAAGAUGGUGUUGAUGUGGACCAGUGGAGACUCCUUCAAGACAGUUUACUUCCUGUUGACUCAGGCUCCCAUGCAGUUCUGGAUCUGUGGUCUACUCCAGGUGUGCGUGGACAUCGCCAUCCUCUUCCAAGUGUACUACUACAGCCGUUACCCGCAGAAACCCAUCUCGCACACCACACACACCACCAGCGCCAAGGCCCUCUAAGACACACACACACACUCUCACACAUAUUAACAAACUGACACAGUGGACAUGGGCAUACAAAUGAGAAACAACUUGCAUUCAAGUGUCAGUGGAUCAGUGGACAGCUUUUACCUGGAAUACUUGUAGCUUUUGUGAAGAGCUGCCACUCUUUGGAUUGGCAUACAGUAUGAUGUAUGCUGUACAUGGGUAUGUACAGUAUAUGUAUGCUGAUAUGACGGGUAUUGUGCUCAUAUAUAUAUAUAUCUAUAUAUACAGUAUAUAUUAAAAAAUACAUCUGCACAGGGCAUACAUAUGAUCACUAAUAGAAUACAGAGUGGCCCUAUAAAUUAUUUCUACACUUCAGCCACGCUUAAAGGGAUAGUUCAACCUAAAAUGAUAAUAAAUAAUAAUGUUUAAAGUGUCCAAACUGUGGUUUAUCAAAGCAUAGGAAACCAAGCAAACCAUUUAAAAAAGAAGUUGACAUUUUAAAUGAUUAUACAAUAGAUUAAACUGUUUGAAAUAAAUAAAAAAGGUAUUAACACAAUACCAGAUACUUCAGUUGAUCUAGAAUCUCUAUGAUCAUAUAUAUGCGUACAUGCUUUAUUUCAAUUUUUGGACCAUACAUAAUUCUCAUUAUUUCCACAGCCACACUAAUACGUUUUCAGUUGAAAACGCAUUGAUUUUGCUUUACCUUUGCAUACUUUGGAUCAUGAUGUUAGAAAACUGAUUGGUGUGAGCGUGGCCAUAGUUUUGAUGACUUUACUAUUAUUCUAAUCUAAAAUAUUGAAUAAUAAGUAAGUGGUAGGCGUGUUCAAGCUUGGUUUGAAAUUUUGUCAUGUAAUGCAGUGACAUCAAGUGUGCCCUCAGUGUCCAAAUACUUUUUGGGGUCACUGUGUAUAUAUAUAUAUAUAUAUAUAUAUAUAUAUAUAUAUAUAUAUAGAAUAUAAUAGAAUAAUAUAUAUAUAUUACCUACUACAGUACAUAAUGCAUACAUGCAGUAUCAUAAAGAAAUGCAGUGAUAUAUGCAGACUCAAACACACACACACACAUACAGGCCAGCCCAGGACAAUCAUUGUGGUAAUGAAAACUUUUGCCUUACAGACUCAUAAAAAGAAAUGUAUCUCACAUCAUCUAGAUGAAUGUACAAAGCUUUUCUUAUAAGAGAUUAAUGCAGUUUUAUUUUAUUUUACAUGCUAUUGAGAAGAUAAGGCAUGUUUUAUCUUGCUGUCUUUACCUCAAUCGGCUGCUGUAGUGUUUCACAGUGAAGGCCAAAUGAAGAUCACAGGAAGAGCCCUGUGUCAUCCUGAACCAAAAAUCAACCCUCUGCGUUUUCUAGUGUAGCUUGUAUCAGUUGUAGGAAACAAUCAUCACAUAAUCUCUCAAAACUAGUUUAGAAAUUUUUUUAAUAAUUGUCUAGCAAUCAUUCCCUCGAUCAGGUUUGUUGAAUUGGGCAAUCGUUUCUGCUAGUGUGACUGAAAAAUUAUCAUUAACAUUGGAUUCUUUGACUGAUUGUUGACCCUUAAAUGAAUAGUUCACCCAAAAAAGAAAAUUGUCAACUUUUCAAUCAAACCCAUUUGACUUCCUAACUUUCAAGGACAGAAUGUCUUGACCACUCUUUUCCAUAAAAUGAAACUGUGGCUGUUUUGCCCCAGAAAGACAGAAAAAAAUGCACCAUAAAAGUUGUCCAUACGAUAACACUAUUGUCCUAAUAACGUGCCCGAUGUGGUCUUCUGCUGUUGUAGCCCAUCCGCCUCAGGGUUUGACGUGUUGUGCAUUCUGAGAUGCUGUUCUGCUUACUAUAAUUGUACAGGGCGGUUAUCUGAGUUACUGUAGCCUUUCUGUCAGCUCAAACCAGUCUGGCCAUUCUCCGUUGACCUCUCUCAUCAACAAGGCAUUUCCGUCCACAGAACUGCCACUCAUUGGAUGUUUUAUUUUGACACCAUUGUGAGUAAAUUCUAGAGACUGUUGUGCGUGAAAAUCCCAGGAGAUCAGCAGUUACAGAAAUACUCAAACCAGCCCAUCUGGCACCAACAAUCAGGCCACGGUCUAAAUCACUGAGAUCACAUUUUGUCACCAUUCUGAUGGUUGAUGUGAACAUUAACUGAAGCUCCUGACCUGUAUCUGCAUGAUUUUUUGCAUUGCGCUGCUGCCACAUGAUUGGCUGAUUAGAUCAUCGCAUGAAUAAGUAGGUGUACAGGUCUACCUAAUAAAGUGCUCAGUGAGUGUAUAUUUCAGUUCUUUUAAAGCCAAAUGAUAGCUUUGUGUGAGGAAAAGACCCAAAUUUAAUUAGUAAUUCAUUGAAAAUCUUAUUUGUGUUUACGUACAUUCAAAUAUGACACCUCAGGACAUGCUGCAUCAGGUUUGGAAUGACAUGAGAGUGAGUAAAUGAUGACAAUUUUAAUUUUGGGGUAAAUUAUUCCUCUAAAGACAACAAACCUUGUAUAAUUUGACUAGGAAAGUAUCAGGCCAUAAAUUGAUAGUUUUAUCUAAUUUAAAGGCCAAGUGUUCAGUCAAACAUGAGCCGUAAUAUGAUGUUGGUAGCGGUCCAAUAGCUGCUGUCAGGAAUGUUACACACCAGUCAAGGAAAUGUUUUCUUAUGUUAUGAAUAAGGUGCUGCUUAUAAAUGUGCUAUAUAUGUAAAGAGAGAGCUCAGAAUUGUCUAACAAGGAACAAUUUAAGGUCAUUGAGUAAUGUCAUUUUUGUAAAGACAUUUUCCACUCUUACUUUGCCUAAAUGUCAUAAUGUUCUUUUCAUCAACACUUCAAAAUUCCGGGACCAUGUGAAAUGGAUCUCGUCAGCCUGACUGCAUUUGUUAAAAACUCAACUAUCCCUAUUCAGAUUAGAAAGACUCUUUUUAAAGAACAACUUCCUUUGUAUUCCUUUGUAUUACUAGCGCUGUUAUUUAUUUCUAUUUCCAAACAUAUUCUGUUGUUUUUUUUUUCUUCUUUCUCAGGUUGAUCCGGAGAUGAUAUAUAUUUGAUCUGAACCUCAUUCAAAUGCGUGAUGUUUCUCUUUUGGGCUUUUACGGUUUUGUUACGAUAACUGUUUGAUUAUGUUUUUAUGUAUUGCCUUCAUUUUAAGCAUCUUCUAUUAAAUAUUCUUGCCAUUUAUUGAAUGAAAGUAACUGAUGUAGAGUUGAACGCUCCUGUUCCUAUAUCAUUUAGUAAUGUUACUCAGUAUUGACAUUCACAUGGGUUAUUGUUCAUAUUUUGUUAUGUUGCGUUCAGCCAAAUGUUUCUAUUCUUGUUAAUUUGGAUACCAUUGUUCACUCCACUUAUUUUUAAUGCUACUUUUUAUAGCAAGUUUUAUGAAUAAACCUUAAAAAAAAAUCUUUUUUUUUUUUUUACUUUGUCAUAUAUAUUUGUUGAUAGAUGUUCAGAAUUUUCAUCAAGGCUUUUUUCUAAUCAAAUUCCAUCUAUAGUUGCAUUUGAUGUUCCCUGAUCAAACAUCUGUACAUCCACACAUAGACUAGUUUGAGAGUAUUUAUCCUCCUGAGACCCCGUGUCCACAUGUGUGGACAUUGUUUUGGCUUCGCUAUGGGCUAUGCAUGAUUAAUUUCAUUUAAACUGACUGAUUCAGUUCAGAAGACUCUGUGCUGUCAUUAAAGGGUUAAACAUUCGACACCGAGUUAUGUGACAAAACUACAUCUGGAAAGAAGCCUCAUUACGUUUUUGCAAAGAGGCACUGAGUUUGAAGGUAGGCCUUAAAAUACAUCCACAGGUACACCACCAAUUCAGUACACCUCCUAUCAGAAGCUAAUUGGCUAAUUGUCUUAAGGCUUGACAUCAUUUUCUGGAAUUUUCCAAGCUGCUUAAAGGCACAGUUAACUUAGUGUAUGUAAAAUUCUGACCCACUGGAAUUGUGAUAUAGUCAAUUAAAAGUGAAACAACCUGUCUGUAAACAAUUGUUGGAAAAAUUACUCAUGUCAUGCACAAAGUCGAUGUCCUAAAUGACUUGCCAAAAAUAUAGUUUGCUAAUAUUAAAUAUAUGGAGUGGUUAAAAAAUGAGUUUUAAUGAUUUCAACCUAAGUGUAUGUAAACUUCUGACUUCAACUGUAAAUAUACAGUUGACCAGUUUUGUGAAAUUAAUCCAAGCAUUUUUUCAUUAUUAAAAAAGGUAGCUGUAGUGUACAAUCAUUUUAGCUUAAUUGCUCUAUUGCAAUGUACGUAGUCACACAUGCUGGACCGUUCAGUGUAUUUGGAAUAACCUGUAUGAUUGUUUGUAUUAAAUAGGAACCUAA